AUGCUGCUUAUGGCAUUUCGGUGAUGCCUUCUCGGCUUCUGGUGACAUAAUCCAACUCACAAAAAAGAAGAAUCUUGUUAUGUAAUUGGUGCGCGCCGCAACGGGGCAAGCAGGACCCUGAAGAAGCCUUGUGAACGGCCGCGCGCGCGAGACAGUGACAGCAAUUAAUUGGAUUGGGGCGUGAAGAACGCGCCCGGGUCCUCGCAAGUGCGAAGAAGCGUGAAGAAUUUGCAACAAAGUGUUAUUUUUGUGCGCGCCCACAAGCUGGGAGUUCAAAGUGUCCCAGUCGAGAAUCUGCGCUUCAAUCGAGUUCUAGUGAUCGGAACUUCCGGGAAGUGCAACGUGAACGCUUCCGCAGUGAACAGCAAGGGAUGCUGAAUCAAGGGUGGUUCUGGUAACCAAACGUUUCUAGUGCAAUCAAGUUUUAGUGACCGGAAAUUUGUGGAAUCGCUCCGGAAACGCUUCCGGAAGCGAACAGCAACGUGUUACACAACCUCCCGUUCUACCGUUUCCAAGAAACUGGAAAUCAGCGGAGGGGGUGGUUCUGGUAACCAAACGUCCCUCGCAUCAACAAGUUCCAGUGAUUGGUGGUUCCUGGAACCGCAUCGGGAGCCCCGUUCCCGGCUGAACAACAGCCUGUUACACAAUCCUCUUCCGCACUCCUCCAGCUCUCCAGGUCGUCGUCGUCGACAAGUGGUGUGUUAUGCAAAUGCUGUAGCGCUUAAAAGCACACUCUCGCCCACUAAUGCCGGGAGAGUGCCGGAACACACACACACACUAAUAAAUAAAAGCUGCUGGCAAGCUUUGAACCCCGAGUCCCGGAAAGCAGAGUAAUUGAAUUUGUCAACAAAGAAGAGUAGGAAGAAAGUGCAAUCAUUGGGUGGUGAAAAAGUGCAUUCUGCGUUAAGCGUGUACGUCGGUGUGUCCGUGCGCACACACGCUCACGGGAAGAAACCGUGAAGAAUUUAAUUAAAAUCGCUCACCGUGAAACGGUGGCAAGUGCGUUUACAAAUCUCUAUUAAUAAAAGCGGUGAGACGAAUUCCCGGUUUGGUCGCGGGAAAUUGGCCAAAUGAAGAAGAAGGAAACCAGCAAGGCAGUUUGUAAUUAGUCACUUGUGGUGGGGUUUGGUUCAAUGUGUGGAGAUUUGGACCGUGUGAAGAAGAACUCGGGAAGAACGACGCGAAUCAAGAGUUCGGAGUCCGAAGCCAUGGCCGCGACGACGGCCGCGGACCUCGCGCGCGAUGCAUUUAUGAGCAGCGACUACGAGCUGGCCUGCAAGCUGUUCGAGGGCGUACUCGCGGAGCAAUCGGCCGUGGAGCCGCCCACGGGACAGUCGUCCAGCCAGCCGCCGGCACGGUCCCAGCGGUUGUCCUUGUACUACGGUUACGGAGAUUCGCUAGCCCGGGCCGGCCGUCUCAAGGACGCGCUGGACGUGUACGGCCACAUCAGCGGAGCGCUGCUCGACGGGUUGAUCCCGCUGGAGCGGCUUCGCCAUCUGACGAGUUCGCUCGUCGACACUGUCCUCGCCACCCGAGCGGUGGUGGCCACCUGCAGCUCGCCCGCGGUAGACCCGCUCUGCUGUCCGAUCUGCGAGGACAUCCUGCGGCUGCCGGUGACGGCGACCUGUGGCCACACCUUCUGCCGGCAGUGCUGCUUCGGCCAUUCCAGCUGUCCGGUGUGCCACACGCAGUUCCCGACCGUGCCCAGUGAUGCCACCGCCGCGGGACCAUCGUCCACCAUCACCCUGCUGUCACUUCCGGCGGCUACCGCCACCUCGUCGUCGUCGUCCACGGAAGAAUUGGCUGGAACCAGUGCAAGUGCAAGUGGUGGGGGGAAAAGGGACAGUGUGAUUGGGUUCGAGCAGGAUAUCCUGAUCCGGAGGCUCGUCGAGCGUUGGUGGGGGCCGGAGCUGAAGGCGGCGGAGUUGAACGAGGAAGCGCAGCGGUACCUGGACGAUGAUGGCGGCGGCGGAGGUGAUGGUGGAGAGGGGUUGGACGAGGCGCUGAGGUGCUGCAACCAGAGUCUUGAGAAUGCACCAAACAGCUACAAAGGUCUGCUGCUGCGGGCUGAGGUCCUGUACCGACUACAGCACUACCAAAGCGCACUGGCCGACGCCGACAGUGCCCUGAAGAGCCGGCCCACGUCGCACAAGGCCCACUACCUGCGCGCCCUCGCCCUAUCGGCGCUCGGCAAACCGGAAGCGGCUAUCACCGCCCACUGCAUGGCACUUUUCCUCGACAAACAGUCCGUGAGCGUGGCCUCCGGGAUAAAACAGGAAAUUGCCAAGGACCUCCAGCAACUCCUUGCGGUGGCCGGAACUCGCCGGGAACCGGACCUGCCCCUCGCCCUCCGCGACCCACUGGCACUGCUGUUCGGCACGCCCUACUCGCUGAUGAGUUCGCGCAAGCGACGCCACCACCGGAUUCUGUCCGCACACAAACACAAGGCGAAAAAGCAGUACGCGACCCUGCGGACGGCCGACUUUGACGACGUGGACCAUUCCGACGAGGACGAAGAGGACAGCUAUCUGAGGGCGGCCUCGCUGCUCGACGAGAUGGACGACGAGGAGGGCUUUCUGAGGAGUGCGAUGAUGAACCCACCGCACCACCGGCGGAAAUCGCUGACGGCGUACAAUUUGAGCUUCUUCAGCACCCAGCGACAGCAGCAAGACCGCUUCCGGCGGGACCAAUCGACGGCAAUCAUUCCAAGGCCAAAUGCGAGGCUGCGCGCGUUCGUUGAUCGAAUGAGCGCGGAGCUGGAGUCGGUCCGAUGGACGGCGGAGACCACUCCGGUGCGGUUGACCGUAAGUCCGAGCUCCAUCGAACCGUCCGACUUUGACUGCGUGCUCUGCUGUCGAACGCUGUGGCGACCGGUCGUUACCCCAUGUGGACACACCUACUGCUGGGUUUGCCUCGACCGCUGCAUGGACUACUCACCGUCCUGCCCACUCUGCAUGGCCCCCCUAAUCGAGCAGUUCCGGCACCAUCACCAACGGACGCCGAACCUCCAAAGCCUCCUCGCGACGGCAGCCGCCUCCAACCCAACUCUGAUCUCACUGUCCAAACGCAAGGUCACCUCCUUCGUCGAACAAGCCAUGCAACGGUUCAUCCCGGAAGCGUACGAAAAGCGCCAACGCCAGGAACUGGACCGCGAACCGACCGUCCCCGUGUUCAUCUGCACGACGGCCUUCCCCUCAGUCCCCUGUCCACUCUUCGUGUACGAACCCCGCUACAAGCUGAUGGUCCGGCGGGCCAUCGAAAGCGGCGAACGCCAGUUCGGAAUCGCCCUCCCCCAAGCCGGUCGCCAACGAUACGUCGAGUACGGUACCAUGCUGGACAUCCGGGACUGCGUUCAGCUCGGUGACGGCUGCUCGAUCCUCUCCACCGUGGGAAGUCGACGCUUUCGGGUAAUCGCACGACACGAGCAGGACGGGUACGACACCGCGAACGUGGAGUUCAUCCAGGACGAGCCGGACUCGUGGGAAGUGGUGCGGAAGUUGCACGAAAAGGUGCACGAGAAGGCGAUCGGGUGGCACGAGAGUUUGCAGGAGAGGAAAAAGUCGGAGAUUGCGAAAAGCUUCGGGCGGAUGCCCGUGCUGGAGGAGAACUGGGAGCGGCUGGUGGACGGGCCGGCGUGGGCGUGGUGGAUCAUCGCGAUACUGCCGCUGAGCGAGCAGUUGAAGGUCAACAUCCUGUCCACGACCAGCCUGGAGAAGCGACUGCGCGCAAUCGACAAAACGCUGAACCUCGCUCCGCAAAAGCAACGCCGCUCGCCGGUCUACGUGGUUCCUUCAUCUCCGGCGUCACCCCCGCCGGUCGGAUGUUGCGACGUCGUCGUUGGAGGAGUCACCUCCACCACCAGCCUGCACCAGCAACACGCUCAUCAUCAAAGCCCAAACCAUCAUCAUCACCACCACCAGCAUCAUCAGAGUCAGCAGCAUCAUGAUCACCAUCAUGAACAAUGCCAAGCAAUCGACUGUUGCUUACGAGAAAGAACUACCUCAGCAGAUUCAGCAGAUCAUCAUCACCAUCAUCACCACGAAAGUGAUAGAAACAGUUCCGGAGGCCAUCAUCAUCAUCAUCAUCAUCAUUCGAUCCACCAUCUGAGCCAAUCCGCGGACGCCGGCGACUAUCUGCUGUAAAGUGUCCUCCCCUCUCCAAAAUCAAACUAAAAGUUUAAUGUAAUGUAAAACACAAAAACACACACACACAGACACAAUUGCAACUAAAUGGUUCUCUUCUAUUAACUUCGCGGAACAAGCAGACAAACAAAUAGUGUAAUGUGUAAUAGAGUGUAACAAAAAGAUAACAAAACAAAAUGCCAUAGUCAAAAACAAUGAUAGCUAAAACAAAUAAAUUCCCCCUCCCUUUUGUCACUCCCCGGUAGAGAUGCUCUUAAACCAGCGGAAGGGCGGAACGUGGACGACGAAUGGUUUUUGAGGGCAAGUCUGGCGCGCGCGCGCUUAUUUUAUCCAAGCCUCGUGUGAUUUUUAAAUGAAAUACCAAAUUUAACGCAGUUCGAGGUUGAAAACUGCAAGCUUUAAUUGAAACACAACGUUUUAAAACAAAUUAAAUUUUUCCCAAGUUUUCCUCUCGUUCUUAAUCAAAACAAACAUGUCAAAACCUAUUAAAGUCACAAUAAUCCUCCUAAUCAGAAACUAUCUCGUGUGAAGCAAAUUUAAGUGUUGUUCGACUUUUUCCGCUUGACGCAUUUUUCAAAACAAACAAAAUACCUUCACUUUCACUACUCUAUUUUUAACCUUUUUACUCCAAAACUAUAAAAAAACAAAUAUCAAAAAAAAAAACCUUUUCAAACUCUCUUCCAAACUAAUAGCACCCUUUACUUGGUGAACAUUUCUCCUACGUUAAUGAGCGUGGCUAAUCAUUUGUAUGAAAGCAUUUGAAAAGAAUGACGAAUUAAGAAGAAUAAAAAGAAAAAGGGUGCCAUGUUUGAUCGACAAACAAAAGGGAUCAUUUGAUCAUGUUUCGCAUAAAAUUUAGGAAUGAGUGCAUUUUUAUGUCAUUUUUUACCGUUUAAAAUUUUUAAAUUUAUCUCUUUUCUAGUGUGUUUCUACGAUUUCAGAAUUGAAUGUGUAUAAUUACAUUACAUAAGAUGUAAUAUUACAACAAUCAAUUUUACACCUUCCAAAUUAAUAAAAAACCUCUCUUGAUAAAUAUAUAAAAAGGAAAUUUUUGUUUGAUAAUCGGUUUUGCUAAAAACUUCAUUCAAAUUUAUCAAAAAUCAUGCACAAAGUAAAAAUAUGACAGUAAUAUUACAUGAUGUGAUGUGUAAUUCACAUCAGAAGAUGUAGACCGUUUUUGAGUAAACAAAUGUUUAAUUUUUUUUUCAAAAUUGAACAAAAUUACAUCUUUUUAUGAGUAAUUGCACAAUUUCCACAAUAAAUCGGGCAAAAUAAACUAAUUUUAUACCUCAGAAAAUAAACUUUUUUGUUCUGUGUUAUAUCUAAUUAAAAUUCCUUAAAGUUUGAUUUACAAUGUUAUAAACCAAGGUUGUUAACGGUAGAAUUAACGAGGUUCGAUUGUAAUUGUAUCGGCGAUAAUCUUAUUGACGAUAACGGAGAAUAACUCGUUUUUAAUAAAUUUCAAAAAUGACUCAUUUUUUUUAUGACAAACGAUGCAACAUUUUGAGCGCAUUUCCAUUUAUUAGAGUUUUUUUUUGUAAAAUACUCAAAUUUUCACAAAAUGUCUUAUUUUUUAAAAGUAUGUUUUUCUAUAACACUCAACCUUAAACGCAGAUUUUUCAGAAGCUCAAAUUGUAAUAAACAGUACUGUAUUUUGAAUUUUUCCUAAUAAAAAUAUGGUAUUUUACAAAAAAAAAAAAAAAAAUGAAUGCAAUGCAAAUUUCGUGAAAAUUUCUAUCUUUAAAAAAAUAUUUGAAUAAAUUGAAAAUACAUUCAAAAUAUCGCUGCGUUUGAUACUCACAUUAAGAUUUUUAAAAAUUUGAGUUUUUUUUUGCAAAAAUACGAUAUUUUUUGAUAAUUUUAGUAUUUAAAGAACUGUCAUACAUUGAAAAUGCAUUAAAAUUUCGCUUCGUUUAAUACUUUUUUUUGCAAAAUAUAAUAAUUUGAGUAUUUUAUUUAAUGCAAAUUCAGCAAAUUGAGUAUUUUUGCCAAAGUCAGUAUUUUUUGAAAAAAUUAUUAUUUAAAAAAACUGUUAUAAAGUGAAAAUUUAUACCAAAUUUCAAUUUAAGUAUUUUCUGAAAUACGAUAGUUUUAAAACUACUAAGAAAAAUAACUUUUGACCUACAAAAACAAAAUUUACAUGAUUUUCACAGCAGAAGAAGUUUAAUUCACAGGGUGGUAAUUGAAAAAUAUCAAUAUCUCAUAUUUUCAAGUGUUUUUACCUAAACUAUUGUGUAAAAUAGGAAUAACAACAAAAAGAAUUCAAUUUUAUCUCGAUGAUACUCUUUCAAAUAGAUUUUGUGUAGGCGAAAAAUAAGAAAUUUUAUUUUGAGUUAUUUUUAAAAAUAACAAAAUUUAUUUGUUUUUCACAGAUUUAGUUUAAAUAAUCAUUCAGACAGAUUUCGUGAAAGCAAAAAAUUAGUAUUUUUUCUCAAAUGCUAGGUUAAAUUACAUAAUUGAGGUAAAAAGUGAAUAUUUGUUCAAUGAUUCCAUUUUUUAUAUUAAUUUGUGUUUAUUUACAUCAAAAAUCAACUCUUUUUUAUUCACAAUUGAUUUCCCUGUGUAGAAACCCAUUUUGCUAUCUGAGGCAAUAAAUUUAGUUGACAUUUGACUCAGAUUUCCAAUUAAAAAAAAGAAAUAUAGAAAAAAUAAAAAACGACGAAAUGAAAAGUUAAAGUAAAUUUUAAAUUCAUGUAAUUUUACGCAAAUUGAUUUGUAAAAAAAUAACAUAGUAAAAGAUUAAAAUUUCACUUCGCUUAUCUAAUUUUACGUAGUCUGUGAUGUCAAUUUGAUACAUUUUUUGUUAGAAACAUUUGUGACAGAAAAAUGUGUAAUUUGACAUCAGAGUGUUAAAUGAAGCAGGUAUAAUUAGCAAUUUUUUCUAUUUUAUUUUUUUACUCACUAAUUUAGGUAAAAUUACAUGCAGUAAAAGGUAAAUUCUCACCUUUGAAAAUUCAACUGAGUUUUCAAUCAUUUUUUUAUUGUGUUGGAUGAAUUCUUUAUUGACUAAAAUGAUAUAUUUUGUAGCAUAGUGGACCAUAAAUUGUGGAUUUUGAAAUUGCAUGAAAAACAACAUUUCCAAAACAGUGUGCUAAAAGUGUCCCCUAAACAACCCUUCAAAUGGAUUGUAAGAUUAUUUAUUGGCCUCUGAGACAUUACCAAAGUUUUAUCAUAACCAAUCACAACACGAGUUUUUGUUAAUUUUUUCGACUAAGUUUUGAGUUGUUCGAUGUAAAAGAGCAUAUUUGUAAAAUUUUCUUUCAAUUCUGAGAUUUUACUUUUCCAAAUAUCUUGCGAAACAAGAACGGAUGACCCUUACACAUUUGAGGAUUGAGGUUAUGUUUCAAGCUCAUUUUUACCUUAUCUUCUUGCAGUUGAUUUUUCAAGGCUGUAGGUAAUUAACUUUUCCCUUAAUUCUUGAGGAAAACUGCCAAAAUAUAACCUCAAUCUUUACUAGAGAAAAUGUCGAUCAGCAAGGCAGCUAAAACAUUAAAUGAAUCAAAGCAGGCCGGCCACACAGGCAAAGCAACGCUAGCGAUGGGCAGCGCUGUGAAACCCACUCACAUGAUGACAAUCUUUCAAAGUAAACAACAAACCCCUUAAAAAGGCAAACAAAACAUUUAACCCAAUCACAACAAACAAAAAAGUAGUUUGAAAAGAAUGUAAACAAAAUCAAACCCCAACCAACUGUCGGUAGAGAUCUUAGCAACCCUGAAAAAAAAGAAACCGGAAAACUUUAAGAAAACAAUCAGAAAACGAAAGAAGAGCAAAGAGGACAGGUUCCCCUUUUCCUUCCCGUUUUAUUAACGUGUAAGCAUGUAAACAAGUAAGAAGUCAAAUGUCUGUGCCGUACCGAGAGUGACACCAGAAACACUGAAACAAAACAAAAACCAACAAAAAAUGAAUCCGUUUGCGUUUUCCUUACAACUAAAGCUGUGAAUAUGUUUAGAAGCUUGGUGUUGUUUCCCACACUUGAUUGGUUAAGAUUUUUUUUUGAUUGGAGAAAUUCGAUCUGUCGAACAUUGGAAAUCGAUAUUUUUUCUGUUUACUCGAAAAGAAAAAGAACAAGAAAUAAACAGCAAAACAAAUACAAGUUAAUUUGUGAUAAAUCAUUUAAUUUUAAACCAGAAACACUAUCGCAACUCGCGUUUUAGAGCUUAAGAAACACAACCUUUUUUUACUCUCAUUUUGUAAGCUUUGUUCAAUAAAUGUUCGGUUUAAGCUAGGUUUCCUUCUAAGAAACGAAUCAAAUAAAUCCACCACUGAAUAACUACUGAUAAUAAAACUAAAAAAAACUGCAUUUGAAAUAAGCCAACCUUCCUGCGUGAUUCAACGCUUUACCACUUUUUUCCAACCUUCUUUUGUAAAACCCCCUUUAAAAUAAAGCAAGAAAACAAUACAAAUAUGUGUGACCGUGAUAAAUUUAUAUAGGACAAGAAAUCACACACUGAAAAAAAAACCAGCAAGCAAACUCUUUGUAAAUGUCUCCCAAAAAAAAAACACCGAAAAAACACACACUCGUUGUAAUUGCUCCUUCUUCUCUGAAUUCCAGCUGCAAACACCGAGGUCAAAACAAAAAAACACAAACAAAAACACAAAGAAAUCUCUGUAAAGCCAUGUUAGUGUGUAAUCGGAAAUCGUGUUAGGUAUUGUAAUCACAACAAAACAAAGCAAAAUCUGUGGCAGAGAAGAAUAAAACAGGUGGAAAUAUUUAAAACGCUAAAUUAUUGUGUCCAAAACAACCGAAUGGCACGAGUGAAGAGGAGAGCAGCGCAAGAAACAACCUAUUCGAUGAUUUUUUCACCUAUGAAAACUUUAUAUUUAUGAUAGAUUGGAAGCAAGCAACGCAGCAACAAAACAGAGUGUGUAUCGUGUGCGGAAAUGGGUGUGGAAAAUGAAGAUGAGAAGAAAAAAAAUCUAGAAAACAAACAAAAAAUAAAACUCUUUCAAAAUCCUAUUUUCUAAAAACGUGGAUCUAAUAAAUUUUCGAGCUAUAGCCA